CGUAGUGGUAAACGGUAAGUCACACUCAAUUUUUUUAUUAUUAAAAAAUUAUAAAAAUACAUAUAAAAGAAAUUAACAUAAUUAUUACAGUUACUAUGUCUGUGCAACACCUAAUGUUUACUGUAAAGGCACAUUAAUCAAAAUGGAAAAUGGCACUAUUAUAACUAAGAACCCUCACACACAUUUAGCUUAUAGUCCAAUGUUUAAUGAGCAACAAGUUACAAAACGUUUUAGGACCACUUUAAUUGAGAGAUCAAAAACUGAGACUACAGCUCAUAAAGUUAUAUACGACGAAGAAUCAGUUAGAGAUCCAGAAGCUGCUUUGAAUUAUAGUUGGCCAACAGCGGAGUCUUCCAUGCGACAGUCUAGAAGAAGCGUUUGUCCAGCAUUACCACAUACAUUGCGAGAGUUGGGCGAACAUUUCGAUUUAAAUGCUGACAAAUAUCAAUGUAAUAAUUCUGCAUUUUAUCAAGAGUGGAUGGUUGACAGAGAUGGCAAGUACAGCGUAAUGUUUUGUUGCAAUGAUCUUAUUAGUGCUGUAGUUAACCAAGGUGCCACAGAAUUGCAUGCUGAUGGGACAUUUAAAGUAGUUCCAUCAACGCCUCAAUGUCGACAAUUGUUUAUUAUUCACUUGAUCCUGCAAAAUCACUCCAUACCUGUAUGUUAUGUACUAAUGGAAACCAAAACUGAAGCAUCAUACAGAAAAGUAUUGGAGAGAUUCAAAAUUAAAUACCCAGAGGUCAGACCAGUCUCUAUAAUGAUUGACUUUGAGACUGCCCUACGCCAAGUUUUAGUUGACACGUAUCCAGAAUCACAUGUGUGUUUGUGCUGGUUUCAUUAUGUGCAGGUUUAA